AUGGCUUCCACUUUUGUUGGCUUAUCGGUCGCGGUGACACUACAGAGCCCUCCAGGUGCUGUCGUGCUGGGUGUGGUCAGUGGUGUUGAUCAACACACGGCUACUCUGACGCUUCAAGAUGUCUUCUUCCCAAACUCUGGUCACCGUGUGCCUUCGUAUAACGUCGAAGGACAUAUGAUCGCCGAUAUCAAAGUCGCCCCCUCUGCGCCCGCUCCUCAACCUCUUCCAUCGCGAUCCGAGCCUCCUGCAUACCCGCGAUAUCCCCAGAACCACGUUCAGCACCCGCCACCGCAUAGCGGACAACAGAUUCCGCAUCUCGUCAGCCAACCGUCGUCGGGCCCGCCUACAGGCGCACCUGUCUACCAGAACGCUCGUCAAGCGCCCCGCCAAGUCGCUCCUCAGCCAACUCCAGCUGCGCCGUUCGUCGACCCCGCGAUUCUUAGCAUGGGGAAGCGCACCUCGACAGUUCCUUCGUUGAGCUCUGCCGUUGCUGCGCCUCCGCAGGAAGCUCCUGCCACGCCCAUCAAGCCCAUAGCUGCUGCAAGCGCUGCGGCUUUACCGAAAAACACGUCUCCGUUCGUGGGCCAUGCAAAGAAGACAAACGUUCGAAAGCCGAGUGCAGCCACUCUAGAGGGCCCAUUUUCGUCGCUGGACAUCGCGGAUGCUGAAGAGGCAGAUAGUGAGGCGCGUACAGGACAGCUAGCUGCGCGAAGGGCAAGCAUUACCAAGACCAGGACCGGCAAGCCAAUGGACGAUCCCAGUCCGCAGAAGAACGACGACAAUGGCAAAAAGACUCGAAGAGGAGGCAAGUCUCGUAAGAAGGAGCUUGCUGCUCAAGAGAAGAAGAAUGGCGACGUCGAGACUGUCAAGAAAGGCAAAGGCAAUGGUUGGAGGAACACUCCAAUGCUACAAGCCGCCGAACAGCCACAGACAAGAACUCCCGGGGUUAUAGGCGGCAGAGUCGGUCUUGCAGCGGCAAACGCUUCGAAUCGUAAGACAAAACGGCAGCAGGCGCUCGAAGCCACAAACGGUUGGGCUACAGAAGACGCGACAGAUAUCCAGGACAUGCCCGAGUUCGACUUUCAGAGCAACCUCUCGAAAUUUGACAAGCGCACGGUGUUCAAUCAAAUCAGGAACGAGGACACAACCGCAGAUGAGGAUCGUCUGGUCAGCUUUAAUCGCCUGGCAAGGCCUGGAACACACGGUGGAAAGAACCUGCAUCCUACAGAGAAUGUGCUAGAUCGGAAGCUGAAAAGUACCACAAACACAAGCUCUGAGGAAGAGGAAGAUGAGUUCGGCAGCGGGCGCAACUCUAGACGUGCAAUGUCCAGAGCCUCAGUCAAAAGGGCGCCAACACGGCAAGGCAGCGGUGUCCAGGCUGACUUGGAUAUGAUGGGCUCAGGUGUAUUGCCGCGCACCAACCGUUCGUUCGUCUUGAAUCGACCUUAUGCAUCCUCACACGCUACCGGUAGCCCCAGGCCGGGUCGCGUUGCUUCACCACCAGAGUCACCUCUUGACUCGAGCGCGAAGGGCUGCUUACGUCUCACAUCAAACAACCGCAAGUGCUUCGCUAUCACUCCUGGUGCCAUGCUGGCGGUCGAGGAGACUGCUGAAGUGGAGUUUGGUCUAAACGAGGAUAUCAUGGCAGAGAGUUCAGGUCGAGGCAUCGCAGAAGUUGCUUUGACCGCGAUAAAUCCAGGCGGCAGACGUCUCGCACGCGACAAUCCCAAUGCCAACCCUGUCAUUGUCGUCUUAGCUGGCAAUCACCGUGGAGGUGCACGCGCCGUAGCAGCAGCACGGCACCUUGCUCAACGUGGACCGAAAGUCAUGGUUGCACUACUUGGUUUCGAACGCAAUGCAGACUGGGACAAGGAUAUCCGACGACAGGUCGAACUUUUCCGGAAGUUUGGCGGCUCCGUUCGUGCAUGGAGAGAUACGGAAGAAGCUCUGAAGCGUCUACAAGCACCACCCGAGCUCAUCAUAGACGCCCUGCUUGGCCGUCACAAGGAGUUUGAGGCGCUUGGCGAUGAAGAUCAACGAGUGGUCCUCAACAUUGUAGGUUGGGCAAACAAGUCAAGAGCAGCCUGUCUCGCUGUCGAAACGCCGUCGGGUGUGGGCGGCUCUACGGGUGAAGUCUCUAUCUUAGAAGGCGAGCCACUGGAAGUUCGCGCAAAGUACAUCGUAUGUCUCGGUGCACCACGAACAGGUCUUGUAAAAGCGCUCCAGAACGGUGCUGGACGCGAUCCACAGUGGCUUAUCUGGAUCGUCGAUAUUGGUGUCAACAGACCCUGGCGCAAUGCUGGCAUCAGCGGUGGCAAAGGCAUAAAGUUCGGCGAGCAAUGGGUCGUACAGGCGCAGUUCGAGGAACCAGCUACAGUGGACGGCGCACGGGCUUAG